UACAGGUUGUAAACUGUUCACACGUCGAGUAAGACACUUACAUACGGAAACGUUAAAAGUGCCUCAAAUAAGUGACAUCUUGAUCUACCCUGACUUUUAAAGAUGAAGAGUUUAGCAAUUCUUACAGUGUUGAUCGGUUUCGCAUAUGGAGCCAACCAUAUGUGCUGGUCUGUGGAUCGAAUUUCAGACGAGCUUGUAAAACUUGCCGACGUAAACAAAGAUGGUAUCGUUCAACAAAGUGAAUUAACUGACGAACUUCUCAAUGAUUGGAAUUUGUCUAAUGGAACAUGUUUGUCCUAUCAUGAUUUUACUAAGAACUGGGCAUUAACUUUUCACGACCACCAUGACACUUCACAUGCCUUCUUUAAUAACCUCGACCUUGAUAAUGACAAGCAACUGUGCUUUUCUGAUGUUGCGGUACAAAUUGCUAAGUACGAUCAAAACCCAACUGAUGGACAAAUACAACCCGCAGAAAUGAAUGCAUUCAUGCACGCUGUUCAUCCAGACUCUCAUAAAAAUGGCGGACAUGGUCAUGGUUGCUAGAUGAUUUAAUAUGAAAACAUUGCACAGCGUUGACAGCAUAAGCAAAUGAUGUCAUAUAUUUGUUAAAUAAAUUAUUAUAAGCAAAC